AUGGCUACCGAGGAUUAUGUCAUCAACUUGUUGAAGGACGAGUUCCGGGUCAAAUUCGAUUGUCUACCGAACAGCUUGUCUCAUAUGGCUAGGAUCCUUGCCGAAAGAGAACAAAUCAAGCAAGGGUCCCGUCCUCCAAAGGCCGUUUUGCGAACGAAGGGAGAUGUGAAAAUAGGGAGUAAUUGGAUCGUGAUCAGAGAAUGGGAACCUUUUGAAAACGAAGCAUACGUGGACUUCCCACCAUCAGCCUGUCACCAUCAGGUUUAUAAGAUCUCAAGAUCAGGUGGAACUCGUUUGGAUAAAUUAAAUUUUCGAAAGAGUUUCGACUAUAUCAGUGAAGAAUACCUUGGCGACGAGGACGGCCCGUCAUUUUUCCUCUUUGAGCCCUUCCUCAUUACGUUCCAUCGAGAUGAUAACUACUUUGAGGUUUUCAAUUUACUGGAACCUCACCAGUCGCCAAGAAAAAUCAAGAGAGAAGGUCGAAUAUUGGGCGAAAUGAAGACGUUAUUGUACGAGGACGACUAUGGAAUACCCCACUGCGAUGAGUCUCGAUAUGACGGCGAUUUGCGUGUCGAUGGAGAGAUACCGGAAAGCGUUCUGUUUCCCGUACUGUUCAAACAAGAUGCAACCAGCAUUUGUGUCGAGUGUACUCGGAUAAGUGGGUCUUCUAUGGAAGUUCUUUUCAAGGAAACGAUUUAUUUACCUGAGGAGUACUACCGAAGGCCCAGGCUGCUUUUAUUAGACCGUGAUAACUUGGUUCUACAGAUAAAUCUCAAAGUCGGUGGAAUUAUGAAUGAUGUCACUUAUGGAUGUGUCGCUUUUCAUAUCUGCCUUUCUAAAAGAAAAGUAACUCGUUACUCUUUACCGGAGAUUUCGGGAUACCUUCACUUUGGGAUGGUCGAAGAGUGUCUUGGUCUGGCAAUUGACCAGGACGAUUGCGAGGUAGGCUAUCCCGAUGAAGACGAUGAAAAUCAGGAGGAUGACGCGGAAGACAAUAGCGAUUAUCUUCAAAUUAUUACUUUUGGCGUCUUGUCAGAGCAGAAGGGUUUAGAAGUUCUUUGCUUUAUCAAAAAUAGCCCUACGGUUGGCAUCGUUAAACAGGAGUUAGCACACUUCGAAUCCUAUGUCGAUACUAGCGAAAAUACAUGUACCAAAUUCAGCCUGAGAAGCUUGCUAAAUCAUCUUCAUGAUAUGGACCAAGAGAAAGCUACUUUCACCAGAGAAGUAAUGGGCGCCACCGUUACCAAACCCAUAAUUGACUUAGAAUGCUUCUGUCUUGGGGAAACUUCGGAAGAGAAGGCGAGGAAACAGUUUCGUAUAGUAGAUCGCUCAAAAAUCGGCUGCGCUACACGCAUAACUAAAUGCGGUACAAGUGAAGACUCGGAGCCAGGAUUUAUGAAGGAGAUCGAAAUAUUUAUUUGA